AUGACGCCCUUCCUGCGCAAACUGCCAUGCAAACUGCUGCGCACACCCUGGCUGAUCACCAACAGCGCCUGGGCUCCACCUGGGAACCCCACUGUCUCCUGGGUAUCCAGGCGCCUGGGCUCCACCUGGGAACCCCACUGUCUCCUGGGUAUCCAGGCGCCUGGGCUCCACCUGGGAACCCCACUGUCUCCUGGGUAUCCAGGCGCCUGGGCUCCACCUGGGAACCCCGCUGUCUCCUGGGUAUCCAGGCGCCUGGGCUCCACCUGGGAACCCCACUGUCUCCUGGGUAUCCAGGCGCCUGGGCUCCACCUGGGAACCCUGCAGUUCCCUGGGGACCCAAGCAUUUGGGUGCUGUACUUUGUGGCCAUGGGGUGGUGGUGGGUGCUGGCUCCCUGGCUCCCUGGAAACCCAGGCAUCAAGGCAGGGGGGCUUGCCUUGCGGCAAUGGGUGGCCCUGGCAUCCUGGCUCCCUGCGGUGCACUCCUGCCUGCUCUGCUUUGGGCCUCCCAGUCAGCGCGAACAGCUCUGCCAUGACAUUACUGGGGCCCCCCUCAAGGACCCUCGACAUCAACGCUGCCUUGAGGCCCUUGCCCAGGCUGCUGAGCCACUUUCCUCUGUCACUGUGGGGUCGGGGCAGCGUGAUGUACUUCGGGAGAUCGUCAUGGAUGCCCUGCAUUUUCUGGAGAAGCAGAGCAAGACGAAGCCCUUUGAGGUGUCUCUACAGGCAGCCGUCAACGUAAUCUGGGCGAAGCUGAGCCAUCUGGAGAAAGCUCCAGCCUGUGUCCCGCCUUGUGGAUACCAGCCAGCUGCUCGCGUCUUCCAGUGUGCUACCUGCCGCCUCGUGGACUGCCAGUUUCCCCUGGAUUGCCCAGUGCAGGUCCUGCGGGCCCAAACAGAUGAAACCGUCACACUGCACUGCUCUGUGCCCUUUGCCACCCUCCCUGGCCUGCCCGUUACCUGGAUGUUUGCCAAGGACCUGUACACACAGGACCUGACACUGUUUGAGGAGCUGCAGGGAAGCACAGAGGGAUCUCGCAUUCUGAUCAUCCAUGACCCCAUUCCAGGAACCAUCGCCUGUUCCCUGGGGGAGGUUUAUGAGCCAUUGGUCCGCAAGUACUUCUACCUCAACGGUGCGCCCAGACACCUGAGUACCCCUGGGGGCAGUGAGCAGUGUGGGGUGAAGUAG